GGAAGACAGUAAUAGUGUAAAUACAAGUAAAAUAUUAACCCUUCUUCUUCUCCCCCUUCUCUCUCUCUCUUUUUUUUUCUCUCCUCUCUUAACACAUAUAAUAAUUAGCUUUGGUAAAAAGGGAAAUAAGACAUCAAAACAUAAAUCAGCAUCUUCGUCAUCGUCAUCUUUAGCAACCAACAAUAGUAAUUAUUCACAGCAUCAACCAAAACCAUUAUAUUUAUCUCACUUUAAUGUAAAUAAUAUGCUUGUGAGGGGCAAUUUUAAGACCAUUACGGAAUUACCGAGAUAUGUUGACAUUAAUGAAUGGCUAGCAUUUCAUGCAUUUGAAUUCUUUAAUCAUAUAAACUUAUUUUAUGGAUCUAUUACCUAUUUUUGUACUUCUCAGACAUGUCCAACAAUGUCUGCUGGUCCAGGCAUUGAAUAUACAUGGUCAGAUUCUAUAUCAAAAAAAGUGAGAUUACCAGCUCCUCAAUACAUUGAUUAUAUGACAAGCAGUUUACAAAGUAUUCUGGAUGAUGAAUCCGUUUUUCCAACCAAAGCAGGGUCCGAUUUUCCACGUGAAUUACCUUCGAUUGUGAAAAAAAUGUUUAGUCAAAUGUUUAAAUUGUUUGCACAUAUUUAUCAUGAGCAUUAUGAUAAAGUAUUAUGUCUAAAUGAAGACCCACAUUUCAAUUCUCUUUUUGCUCAUUUUAUAUCUUUUGCAAGGGAAUUUGAUUUACUUGAUAAAAAGGAAGUCCAGCCUUUAAGUGAGCUUAUUGAUAUUAUGUUGAAGAAUGGUGUCAUUUGUUAAUAAAUAAACCCUUUUAUUUUUUUUGUUUUUA